AUGCCACUUUUACUGAAAUAUCUUAGUUCGGGUCGUGUGCCAUUUGAGUCUUAUGGCUUUUGUAAAUUUUGGAUAUCAUUCAAUUACAGUUUUAAUACAACUAUCAUCUUUCUUAAUUCUCAACUAUCCGUUGAAAGAUAUUUAUUGAUAUUUCAUCAAAGUUUUUUAAAUCGUCAUAAGAUAUCGGUUCAUUAUGUUCCAAUGAUAGUAUUAGCAUUGACAGCAGUUGUUUAUUCAUGUGCAGCAGUUAUAUUUGCUCCAUGUGAGGAAGUAUUCGAUUAUACAAUGCAAAUAUGUGGUGGCUCAUGUUAUCAAUUAUUGCCUGCAAAUGGAACAUUUGAUGUUAUUUCUACAGUAAUGAUUCCAUUAUCUAUUAUAAUUGGGUUCAAUGCUAUUCUUAUGAUUAGAGUUAUUAAACAAAAGCGUCGAAUGUUACGAAAUGUUUGGAAAAAAAAUCUUGGAAUGCUAAUACAAUUACUAUAUGUAUCAAUAUUACAUGUCGCUGGAUACAUACCAGUUAGUAUUCUUGUCUCAAUUGUUAUGACAAACAAUCCUCCACCCGAAAUUGCGCUUGAAUUACAAUCAAGUUGGAUUCUGAUUAAUGUAAUGUAUAUUGGUGUCGUUGCCAAUCCUUUCGUUUGUAUGUUUGCUAUACCGGAAAUAAAAGAGAAUAUUAUUUUAUUUAUUGAUCGAAAAAAAAGACGACAACAACGACAAAUCAAUGCUAAUAAUGAUAAUUAA